CCAGUGGCGCUGCGCUGAGUGCAGCUGCGCUCGCCCGCUCGGUGAGCCGGUGAUCUGAGCCAGGCGGGGGCGGCCCGACCUUUCCCGCCCAGCUUGGGUCGGAGGAAGCCGAAAGCGGCCUCAGCAAGGUGAGGCGCCCGAGGCUGCAGAAGACCGAGCAGAACUUUGCAGAGUUCGGAAUGUGCUGGGCUAGGUUGCUGAGGACUUGACUGGCUUCCUCCCUCCUUCCCUCCACCUUCUCCCUCCCCUCCACCAUCCAGUGGGUUCGUUCCGGGCCUCCAGCUAUCAGCUCCCGAUUUCGUAUUUGAGGGUAGCGACCCCGAUUUCUGUUUGCAUGCAUAGCCAGCAGCCCUAGCGCCAGAUCCUAAAGCUGGAUAUCUUUUGACUGGGCUACCAGCCCGGGCCUCAAAGUUUUGAGUGAAGGCCGCCGAGCUCAGGCCCCAGCGAAGCUCCGAGCGCCAUGGCCGAACCGCAGGCUGGCUUGGCGGCCGGGGACUGGGAGAUCGAUGUCGAGAGCCUGGAGCUAGAAGAGGACGGCUGCGGGGCGCAGCGGUCAACGGCCCCAGAGCCCAGCCCGCCGCCGGCCGACGGGGACGGCGAGGACGACGAGGAUGACGACGAGGUGGACGAAGACCCGGAAGAAGAGGGCGACGGCGAGGAGGCAGGCGCGUCCCCCGGGAUGCCCGGCCAGCCGGAGCAGCGGGGGGGACUGCAGCCGAGGCCGUCGCUCGCGCCUCAGGCCUCCCCCGCCGGCGCUGGUCCCCCAGAGCGCUGCACUCCUGCGGGCGGCGGCGCGGAGCCGCGCAAGCUGAGCCGCACGCCCAAGUGCGCGCGCUGCCGCAACCACGGCGUGGUGUCCUGCCUCAAGGGCCACAAGCGCUUCUGUCGCUGGCGCGACUGCCAGUGCGCCAACUGCCUGCUGGUGGUGGAGCGACAGCGCGUCAUGGCCGCCCAGGUGGCGCUCCGGAGGCAGCAGGCCACCGAGGACAAGAAGGGGCUUUCUGGGAAACAGAAUAAUUUCGAGCGCAAAACUGUGUACCAGAGGCAAGUCAGAGCCCCCAGUUUGCUGGCCAAAAGCAUUUUAGAAGGCUAUCGCCCCAUUCCAGCGGAGACUUAUGUAGGAGGGACCUUCCCUCUACCUCCCCCAGUUAGUGACAGGAUGAGGAAAAGAAGAGCCUUUGCUGAUAAAGAGUUGGAGAACAUUAUGCUGGAGAGAGAAUAUAAAGAAAGGGAGAUGUUGGAAACUUCUCAAGCUGCUGCUCUGUUUCUGCCCAACCGCAUAGUGCCUGGAACUGACUAUAGCUCCUACAAAAGUGCCUACAGCCCCAGCCCAGUGGAACCACCGAGCAAGGACUUCUGUAAUUUCUUGCCCACCUGCCUUGAUUUAACCAUGCAGUAUUCAGGGUCUGGGAAUAUGGAACUAAUUUCUUCUAAUGUCAGCGUGGCCACGGCUUAUAGACAGUAUCCCUUGUCCUCGAGAUUUUUAGUUUGGCCCAAGUGUGGCCCCAUUAGCGACACCCUCCUCUACCAGCAAUGCCUGCUAAAUGCCACCACCUCAGUUCAAGCCCUGAAGCCUGGGGCCAGCUGGGACUUGAAGGGAGCACGAGUCCAGGAUGGGCUCAGUGCAGAGCAUGACAUGAUGCCAUCGAAAUUGGAAGGUUCCCUGGUGCUGCCUCACACUCCUGAGAUCCAGACCAUGAGAAGUGACCUUCAGGGUCAUCAGGCUGUCCCAGAGAGGUCGGCAUUCUCCCCACCCCAACGGAAUUUCUCUCCUGUUGUUGACAUGGACUCCCUGGCAGCUCAAGGGCAUGUCUUAACGAAGAUCAGCAAAGAAAACACCAGGCACCCUCUGCCACUUAGACAUAAUCCAUUCCACUCAUUAUUCCAGCAAACGCUUAAUGACAAAUCGGGUCCUGAGUUGAAAACACCAUUUGUCAAAGAGGCCUUUGAAGAGACCCCUAAGAAACACAGAGAGUGUUUAGUUAAGGAGAACCAGAAGUACACAUUUACAAUAGACAGAUGCGCAAAAGACCUUUUUGUAGCCAAACAAGUUGGAACAAAACUCUCGGUGAAUGAACCACUGUCAUUUUCUGUUGAGUCUAUUCUUAAGAGGCCUUCAUCUGCCAUCACUCGUGUCUCUCAGUGAAAGGCUGCUUAAACAGAAAGCUGGAUUUUCUGCAGUCUUAGGGUGUUCUUGCCACUUGCUACUUUUUUUUUCAGGUUGUGUGAAGAAAUUUCUAAUGUAAAGAUGAUGAUUUUGAAAAGUUUUAUAUAUUCAUAAUAUGCAUGUACUUUUUCUUAUCACAUAUAUUUAAACUUACAGAUGGAAAUUGCCCAAUGCACAGAUUGUUAAGUACCAUGCUUUACACAGCAUUUCAAAAAGCAAUAAAAUUGACACCGUCUUCUAAAAGACCCA